AAAUUGCUUUAUUAAUUUUAAUAAUAAUAUAUAAUUAAAUGUUUCGUCAAAACUCAUUCAUGUAUUCUAUAUAUUGUAUAGUUUAAUUUUCGCUGAAUCAAUAGUAUAAAUCAGUAGUGGUUACAUUUGCAUAAAAUGGAAAUUAUUUGACGAAUUAAUUUAAAUACAAAAUUAAUAUUAACUACACCAGAUGCUGAAGAAUGAUGUAUUUUUAUUACAAGUUUGUCUGCAAAACUAAGUGAAGAACAUUAAACUAUCAAAGAAGUUGCUAAUUAUGCGGAACAAAUUCAAUUUAAUUCAGCCGAGACCAGGUUUACAAAUCCAUCAUUUGUGAGUUGGCAAUUUUGUUCCAGAUACAAUACCCGAUUGAAUCGAUAGCCCAUGGGUCAGGGCCCGAUCCAAUUCUCAUUUAUCGCCCGACAACAAAUGGGUCAAAUCCAAGUAGCCCGCAUAAUUAAAUGAUCCUUCAGAAAUUCCCAAGGUGCUAGCCGGAAAAAGGAAGCCAAGCCAGGUCAAAGAUGCGCACUGCUUCAGUUUCCGGAUUCUCAACUAUCAUCUUCACCAACACCCCUAUCAAAGCUAUUACCAGAAGGGAGUGUCUGCUUCGUUUUGAAUGGCUAAUAAGAAGGAUUUCAACUUCAGCUUGGUCAGCUGAAGCCACAUUGCUUAUGCGUUUCAUGAGUCGUUUUGGGUAUGGAAGCCAGAGAAAGCAUCAUUUGGAGCAAUUUCUUCCGCAGUUGUCAUAUGGCUGUAGUUUGGUGAAUGCGAUGUCUGUUAAAAGUUCAUGUAUUUUUGCACCUCGGAAUAUUUCUACACCAAGGGGAUAUGCUAGAGACACAACUAAUGCAUCUAUUGAGCUGAAGACAGAUGAAGAUGUUAUCAGAUUCGACAUUGGUGAUCAGAGUGGUGAAGGAGGGUCUUUAAAGAAAGCAAAGAAAACUGUGAAAAAGGACAACAUUUCAAGAAAGGCAAAGCUAAAUGAACUUAGGUUUUAUCGGUUGAAAGCAAAGAAGAAAAUGAAUUCCCCAAAUCCUGAAGUUAGAAUAAGAUACAAGCUUGAAAAGGCCAAAAGAAAAGAAGCAUGGUUGAUUGAGAAACUGAGGAAAUAUGAGGUGCCUAAAGCGCCACCUGAAACCUAUGAUCCUGAAAUAUUGACUGAAGAGGAAAGGUUUUAUCUAAAGCGUACUGGUGAGAAAAAGAAACAUUAUGUUCCAGUUGGAAGACGGGGAGUAUUUGGGGGUGUUGUUCUUAAUAUGCAUCUUCAUUGGAAGAAACACGAGACUGUAAAAGUCAUUUGCAAACCUUGCAAACCUGGGCAAGUGAAUCAAUAUGCUGAGGAACUUGCUAGGCUGAGCAAAGGCAUUAUUAUCGACAUAAAGCCAAAUAAUACAAUAAUAUUCUACCGGGGGAAGAAUUAUGUUCAACCAGAUGUUAUGUUACCUCUUGAUACUCUAUCCAAAGCAAAGGCUCUGGAAAAAUAUCGAUAUGAGCAGUCCUUAGAGCAUACUAGUAUGUUUAUUGAGAAGUUGGAGAAUGAACUGGAAGAAUAUCAUGAAUAUAUCGUUCGGUAUAAAAAAAGAGAAAAUCUGACAUAGAGGAGUCAAAAGGGAUACUGCUGCUUAUCUUCUGCAUUGUGCAUUUUUUCAUCUCCACAUUUCCAGAUUUGGAAAAGUGUAUAAAUAUUGAUCACAGGACAUAAAUGAAGAGUCCCUAUAGUGCGAAAUAGUUGUCUGGAGUGGUUUGCUUAAAGUUUUGGUGAGGACUUACUGGCAAAGUAAA